AUGGCUUCUCUAGAGGAAGACGCCUACGGCCUUAGGGUCGAUUCUAAACGUAGUUCCCCUUACGCCAUGAACUAUAAAUUUGCAGCUGAAGCUGAGGGUCAAAAUAAGAAUGAGGAACCAAACAAGUUCCAGAAAAUGAGGAAUAGAUUUCAAAACGAAGGCUCUUCAUUGGUUUGUGUGAAGGCUAUCGAGGGUAUCCUGGAAAAAGAAAAGGGGGAGGCUGCCGCCAGUGCAAACCCAAGCAUAGGAAAGUGUUAUGACCCUGUAGAAAGACCAACCAGGAAUGUUACCACCUUUGCUCCUCAGAUGGAGUCAGCCCGAGGGAUGAGCAGCUUCGGUGACAGGAGAGAGAGCAUAAAUCCUCAUAGCAAAUUCAGCUUCGGUGACAGGAGAGUGAGCAUAAAUCCUCAUAGCAAAUUCACUGAGGAGCCAUUUGGAAAGUUUGUGGAUGACUUUAACUCCCAUUCAGUAGUCCAAGUGUAUAAAGAAAGGAAGAUGGUGAUUGAGAGCCCCUCUUCAAGAGGUGACUGGUCUGAUGUGGAUCAGAUGUCCACAGUCACAGUACCUCAGGAGGAGACAGUUUCACUGGGUCUCCCAGCAGUUUCAGAGCCUGCAUCCUUCACCAGUAGCUAUGCCACGUACGGGCCUCAUUGGUACUGUCGUCCUAAGUAUGACCACCCCAGCUAUGGAGCCAGCAGUACCCAGCCUUCCUACUAUUCCUCCAUGGGCGGCAGCAGCAGCAGCAGCAGCAGCAGCAACACAUUUCAGGCUGAGAGGAGCAACUGGAGUUUGCUGAGUGACUAUUCCUUCGAUUAUACAUUGAGUUCCCGAAACGUGUCCAGAGAUUGGAGGGUAGCAGAGGAAGGCAGAUCCCAGAAUUCUGGUUCAUUUCAUUUCCCCAAAAAUUCGGAAGCAGGGGUGAGGGAGAAUACAACAUAUAAAGAGAUGUUACCAAAUCCAUAUUAUGAAGGAUAUGGAUUUACCCACCUGCCAUGGAACCCCUGGCAGUCAACCCUAUGUGAGGGUUUUAUUGAUACCCAUUGUCACUUGGACAUACUGUAUAACAAGUUGUCUUUCAGAGGGUCCUUUACCAAAUUCAGAAAAAUUUAUAGCCAGACCUUCCCUCAGGAAUUUCAGGGCUGCAUCUCUGAUUUCUGCGAUCCUCGUACCCUAUGUAAUGGCCUAUGGGAGCAUCUGUUGAAAGAGGAUCUGGUUUGGGGGGCCUUUGGCUGUCACCCUCAUUUUGCACAGUACUACAAUGAUUGUUAUGAAAAAACAAUUUUGCAAGCCUUACGGCACCCCAAGGCUGUGGCAUUUGGGGAAAUGGGCUUGGAUUACUCUCACAAGUGCACCACAUCUAUCCCAAAGCAACGCAAGGUAUUUGAGAGACAACUGCAGCUGGCCGUGUCUCUAAAGAAGCCUUUGGUGAUCCACUGCCGAGAAGCUGAUAAAGAUCUGCUGUACAUCAUGAAAAAAUUUGUGCCCUUUGACUACAAGAUCCAUAGGCAUUGCUUCACUGGCAGUUACCCAGAUGUUGAGCCCAUGCUGAAGCACUUUCCCAACAUGUCUGUGGGCUUCACAGCAGUCCUUACUUACAGUUCUGCCUGGGAGGUGCGAGAUGCUCUGAAAAAGAUCCCACUGGACAGAAUUGUCGUGGAAACUGAUGCUCCUUAUUUCCUCCCUCGCUGGGUUUCCAAAAGCAUUUGCAAGUAUACCCACCCAGGCCUGGCCCUGCAUACAGUGCGAGAGAUGGCCAGACUCAAAGGUCAGCCGCUCUCCCACGUGUUGAGCACCUUGCUUAAGAAUACCAGUUGCCUCUACAGUCUUUAA